AUGUCCCAGAUUGUGGUUGAUGGUCUCUCGGUUAGAGUUGACUGUGAUGUCGAGGACGGUGUCAAGUCACCGAUCUCCUUGAACUUGUGUCUCAGUGGUGAUGAAGAACUCAAGUCCAGUCGACUAGAAUGCUAUUACUAUACCAUAAUGGGGCGUAAGGACGACGUCUUGGGUAUCCCAUUGAGAGACACAUCUUCUGAUUGGAUCCGAGACCUGGCCAGGCUGUGUGCCACUAUGAUUACAAAGAAAUACAAUAAGCCAUGUUACGUGACAAUAUCCACAGUGGGUGAAAAUAAUUUCCAAGCUAGCACUAUCCCACUUCUAGCAGCGGUGAAAGAACACGUUGCUACACUAGUCAAUUGA